CUGAGCAGUGUCCUGGUUCUGCGCGCGCCCUUGGAGUCGGGGAUCUCGAGCCCAGCUGCGCUGCGCGCGGAACUUUUGCUGUUGCUGGAGAGUCCGCGGGGACCAUGGCUGCCCAAAAGCACGUGGCGAACUUCGGCGCAGGGCCGGCUAAGCUGCCGCGUUCGGUAUUGUUAGAAGCCCAAAAAGAACUGGUGGAUUAUAAAGGCCUUGGCAUUAGUGUUCUUGAAAUGAGCCACAGAACUUCUGACUUUGCAAAAAUCAUCAAGAAAGCGGAAGAACUCUUGCGUGAACUCCUAAAUAUACCUGACAACUACAAAGUGGUUUUCCUCCAAGGAGGUGGAUCUGGACAAUUUAGUGGUAUCCCACUUAAUCUUAUCGGAUUAAAAGAAGCAAGGAUUGCAGACUAUGUGGUUACUGGAGGCUGGUCAGCGAAAGCUGCUAAGGAAGCAGAGAAAUAUGCCAAAGUGAAUCUUGUUCAUCCUAAACUUUCUAGUUACACAAAAGUCCCUGACCCAAGCACUUGGAACCUUAACCCAAAUGCCUCUUAUGUUUAUUACUGCGCAAACGAGACCGUUCACGGCGUGGAGUUUGAUUUUGUACCUGAUGUUGGAAAGGCAGUCCUCGUUUGUGACAUGUCAUCGAACUUCCUUUCCAGGCCAGUGGACGUUUCCAAGUUUGGUGUGAUUUUUGCUGGUGCCCAGAAGAAUAUAGGCACCGCUGGAGUGACGGCGGUUAUAGUGCGGGACGACUUACUUGGCUUUGCCCUCAAAGAGUGCCCUAUCGUGUUAGACUACAAAGUACAGUCGGAAAAUGGCUCACUAUACAACACUCCUCCAUGCUUCUGUAUCUACAUUAUGGGUUUGGUCCUGGAGUGGAUAAAAAACAAUGGAGGAGUUACAGCUAUGGACAAACUUAGCCGAAUUAAAUCCCAAAUGAUCUACGACAUUAUUGACAACUCUAAUGGAUUCUAUGUAUGUCCCGUAGAGAGAAACAGCAGAAGCAGAAUGAAUGUUCCUUUCCGGAUUGGCAGUAUUAAGGGCGAUGAGGCCUUGGAAAAGAAAUUCCUCGAAGAAGCUGUAGAAAACAACAUGAUAUCCCUGAAAGGACAUCGGUCUGUGGGAGGAAUCCGUGCUUCUUUAUACAACGCCGUGACUAUAGAAGAUGUUCAGAAGCUGUCGGCGCACAUGAAAAGCUUCAUGGCGAGGCAUCGGUCAUGAACUCAAGCCCUGUCCCUGCGCCACACCCCUUGGAAAUCAAGUGGAAAGAACUGCAUAGUGGGAGUAGUAUGAAAGGCCAAAUAGCAUGCAAAAACUUUUUCAGAUAAAAUAAUAAUCUCUGUAUGAUUCAUUCUUGAAGCGAUCUUAAAAUAUUGGGCCAGUUAUACCAAUCCCCAUCUGUGAGUUCUGGGGACUGAGCCCAAUGUCAAUGUGUAUAACUCUCCAUAAGGGACAGGAGCGAAUCAUUCCAUCAAAGAAUUGGUAAUAGGCUUUUAAAAUUCAAAGCACAUAACGACUUGUGAGGUAUAGUCUGGGUGGGUGUCUGGUAUUAUAUAUGUGUUUUGUUUAAAAUAAUUCUUGGUGAGUUUUAUUGCUACGUUCCUUACAGAUUAUUUUUUCCAUGAUCCCCUUACAUUACAUUAAUACCCUAGGCAGUAUAAUAAAAAGUAGAGACAUCACCCUGCCAA